AUGGCAGAAACCCGAAGACCUUCAUCUUCAUCCACCGUUCUCGAUACUUUAGGCGAAGAAAUCGUUAGAAUUAUCACUCCCGUUUCAAUCUGCAUGUUCCUCGUUGUAAUCCUAGUCUCAAUUCUCAACACAAACGAUUCCCCAACAAUCUCCACCAUAGCCAACAUAGCAUACGACGAAACAACCUCAGAUUCUUCCUGGGACAAAUUCCUAGGCGCACUUCUAAACUCCUUAUCCUUCGUCGUUGUUGUAACCUUCACCACUUUCUUCUUAGUCCUCCUCUUCUAUUUCCGAUGUAUCAGGUUCUUAAAACUCUACAUGGCUUUCUCUUCCUUUGUCGUUUUAGGUUUUCUCGGAGGCGAAAUUUCGGUGUUUUUAAUUCAACAUUUUAGUACUCCAAUUGACUGUAUAACGUUUUCAAUUGUUUUGGUUAAUUUCGCUGUAGUUGGUGUUUGUGCUGUGUUUAUGUCGAAAAUGGCUAUUUUUGUUACACAAGGGUAUUUGGUUUUUAUUGGAAUAUUGGUUGCUUAUUGGUUUACUAUGUUGCCUGAAUGGACAACUUGGGCCAUGCUUGUUACUAUGGCUUUGUAUGAUCUUGCUGCUGUUUUGUUGCCUGUUGGGCCUUUAAGGCUUUUGGUAGAACUUGCCAUUUCGAGAGACGAGGAGAUUCCGGCUUUGGUUUAUGAGGCUAGGCCGGUGAGUAAUGAUAGUGAUGUUGCGGCUCGGAGGAGGUUAUGGAGAGAGAGGAGGAUUGAGAAUGAAAAUUCUGUGUUGGGUGGAAGUGGACUCAAUGCAGGCGCGAAUGCUGUUGUUAGUUCAAAUUCAAACAGAAAUACCCCGAAUGACGUGAAUUUGUCUUCAGAAAAUGCUUCGAAUUUGAAUUCUAGUAGUAGCUCUUAUGGGACGUGUAAUUUGGUAAGAGCGGAAGAGGGGCGAGUGCAGGUUCAAGAAACCGAUUCAGAUCUUGCAACACCCUUGAUUGGUCAUGGAAUGAAUGUGCAGGUUCCUAGAGGAGAAGAUACGGCGUCGAAUGAGAAUUUGAUGCUGGAAGGAAUUGGAUUGGCUUCGUCCGGUGCAAUCAAACUAGGGCUUGGCGAUUUUAUCUUCUAUAGUGUUUUGGUUGGCAGGGCUGCAAUGUAUGAUUUUAUGACAGUGUAUGCAUGUUAUCUUGCAAUUAUUGCAGGUCUCGGCAUAACUUUGAUGCUUUUGGCUUUUUAUCAGAAAGCCUUGCCUGCUCUGCCUGUGUCAAUAGCACUGGGUGUGUUGUUUUAUUUCUUGACUAGAUUAUUACUUGAAGUAUUUGUAGUACAAUGUUCAUUGAAUCUCUUAAUGUUCUAA